AUGCAGUCGUCCGCCGAGAUUGCAAACAUGCGGCAACUGAGGUAAGGGCUUGCAAUUCAACUUCAUAUAUUGCACUGAUUUUAAUCAUUUACAGGAAUUCCAAAGCAACUAAAUUGGCUUGUUAUGCGCUUCAAAUGUCUUAGCAGUACGUCAUUUAGUAGUUCGAAUUAUUGCUGCGAGGGGCAUACUACUCGAUUCCUACAUUUACCAACCUCUAAGCGCUAGCUGGCGUUAAAAGACAAAGAAAGUCGGCGUAGUUUACGACUACACAGACAAGUUUAGGCGAUUUCGCGCGCCAUCUUACCUUCCUUCCCUUAUUUCAAGCAGGGUUAGGCCUGUCGCGGGCAAAGACUCUCCACACUACACUACAGAUAGUUACACAUUGUGUGCUAACAGCUGAUGACCUAGCAGCGCAUGCACGCAAUGCACACCUCACAGCGGCACCAAUUUAACUUCCGAAUCACGCAUGGUUCCCUGCUUGCUAUUAACUUCGGUUAAUAUAUAACCUCGUGAAAUAAGCGCGCGCGGUAUGUAUUUUGGUGAAAUGAAAUUUUUUCAUGUGAUAUUAUAUGCAACUUUAUUAGGCCGCGCUUUUUUUGUUGUAUUACGGAUAUCCUGACCUUGCAUGUAUUUUUAAAAAGCAGAAAAAAUAUAAAUGCCACUUAUCAGUUUUGAUGCAUUGUUUUUUCAUCCGACCAUAUUUUAGAAAGGCUAAACCUUCAACACGCAAUUUUCACGCAUCGUCACGUCACGUGCACGUGAAACAUGGCCGAAGGACGGAAGAAGGCGAUGUUUACUUCGCUGUACUUUUUGACUUUGGAUGUAUAUGCCCCUGUGCAUGUGCAUGGUAUUAGAUAUUAGGCAAUCCUUUCUUUUUUUAUAUAUUUUUUGCCUUCCCGCCCUUGCAAAAUUCGUAAUCCAACAAAAAAAAGCGUGGCCUUACUUUCAAACUGCAAAUCGGUACCACCCCAACUGCAAAAUGAUAUCGCUUUAAUAAUUAGUAAAAUUUCAGUUACCUUAAAAUAUCCUUGUCUAUAGAUUUGAAGACUGGAUGCCAAAGGUAGGACGAAUAGACGAUCGUAACAACACAUUACUUGUGAUAAAAUGUGUGCACGAAAUGCAAGAAGAAAGUGUUAUGAAAUUAAUUGCCUCCCAUUGGGAUGAUCAUGGUGAAGAAGUUUGUUUAGACGGUUUAAAUAUUGCGCCAGCAGAAUCUACAGCUUUGGUCGAAUUUAUAAGUCACAUAACGAACUUGCACAAGCUUAAGAUGACUAAUUGUAUGAUGGAGCAUUUGGCUUUUCGUGAAUUUAUCAAGUUACUGAUGAAAGAGAAUGAAAACUGCCAACUUACUGAGUUACUCCUAAAUAAGAAUAAAUUAACAGAUGAAGAUGCUAAAUCUUUGAGUAAUGCUCUGAUUAGUGACAAGUGCAAACUUACUGAAUUAGACAUAAGGUUCAAUAAUUUAACACAUGAAGGUGCUAAACAUUUAAGUGAUGCUCUGAUAAGUGAAAAAUGCAAACUUACUGAAUUAAAUAUAGAAGGCAAUAAUUUAAAAGAUCAAGGUGCUAAAUGUUUGAGUAUUGCUCUGAUGAGUGACAAGUGCAAACUUACUGGAUUGGAUAUAGGAAGGAAUGAUUUAACAGAUGAAGGUGUUGAACAUUUAUGUGUUGCUCUGAUGAGUGACAAGUGCGAGCUUACUGAAUUAAAUAUAAGAGCCAAUAAUUUAACAAAUGCAAGCCCUAAACAUCUAAGUGAUGCUCUGAUGAGUGACAAGUGCAAACUUACUAAAUUAGACAUAAGCUACAAUAAUUUAACAGGUAAAUGUGCUAUAAAACCUCUAAGCACAGCUCUAAGUGAUGCUCUGAUGAGUGACAACUGCAAACUUACCAAAUUAUACAUAAACCACAAUAAUUUAACAGAUGAAUAUGCUAAACAUUUAAGUGAUGCUCUAAUGAGUGACAAUUGCAAACUUAUUAAAUUAGACAUAAGCUACAAUAAUUUAACAGAUACGGGUGCUAAAUAUUUAAGUGAAGCUCUGAUGAAUGACAAGUGCAAACUUACUGAAUUAGAUAUAAAGGGCAAUAAUUUACGUGCUAAACGUGAUGCCGUACACAGCAAUCUUCGUAAAUUUAACUCAUGGUCGGCACUAAAUUAAUACUGCUCUGAAGUGUGACAACUGUGCAGUUACUGAAUUAAACUAGAAUAUGAACUAAAAACACGACUGUAUUUAGAGUUUUAUAGCGGAAAUUUAUUUGAGUUAUAUUGAUUGUUUAUAAAACGUAAAAAAAUAGAAAUUGAAAACAUGGUUGUAUUUAGUGUUGCAUAGUAAAGGUUUGAGCAAAUGAAAUGCUGAAUUAAAUGACCGAUUUAAACAUGGUUGUAUUUAGAGUUGCAUAGUAGAGGUCUGAAUAAAUGAAAUGUUGGACUAAAUGAUAUUGAGACAUGGUUGUAUUUAGUGUUGCAUAUAGUAGUACAGGUUUCAGCAAAUGAAAUGUUUGAUUUUGUGUCAUUGAAAACAUGGUUGUAUUUAUAGUGUUGCAUAGCAGAGGUCUGAAUAAAAGAACGGUGGAUUAAAUGACUUUGAAACAAGGUUGUAUUUAGAGUUGCGUAGUAAAGGUUUGGCUAAAAGAAAUGUUGGAUUAUAUGUCAUUGAAAUAUGGUUGUAUUUAGAGUUGCAGUUAAUCAGAAGUUUGAAUAUUUGGUUAUAGACGUAGGAAAAUAUGAACUCGAAACAUUGUUGUAUUUAGAGUUGUAAGUUAGGAGUUUGAGCCGGGGACGUCGGAAGUUAUUGUACAUGGGGGCGACCAGAGUGCCAAAGAGACCACCCAACUAGCGGGUCUAUAAGGUUUGCCCUCCCCAUGGAGGAAAUUUUGAAAUCUAGACCCACUCAAAUGGCAUUUUCAUGCAGCCAUUUUUGCGUGCCGUUUAGCGAAGCAGCAGACGGGCAACAAAGGAAUAAUACUGGAUUGCACUCAAAAUUUACAAUUUUACAAGAUUCUUUACUCCGAAAUGCAACAGAAAAUGCAAUUAAAUUUCAGUAUUGAAUUGUAUGAUUUUAUAAUAAAAUGACUAUAGCCGACUGUUUCAAAUACUUCAAAAUAAUAUACUAACGGUGAAUUCAAAUAUUUUUUGGCAGGCCAAAACCUAUUCCAACCCCACCUUGUUAACAAGGGGCGGGGCCUAGCCCCAUCCUUCCGCUUCCUACGUCCCUGGUUUGAGUAAUUGUAUUGAAUGAACUAUGAACUGAAAACAUGGUUGUAUUUAGAGUUGUAAAUUAGAAGUUUGAGUUAAUGGAUCAUGUGGGAAAAUAUAUUUUUCCAAGAAACUACGAUUGAAAAUAAAUAAAAUAUGACUGAUUGCAUAAAUAAUUGCAUAGUUUUUCUAUUGCUAAUGCAGAGCCUCAAAUAUAGAUCUUAAACCGUUCACUUGACAAAUUCUAAAAUCUAAACUAGUAAAGCUACUGUACAAGGCUGUCUGUCUCACAAGUAGUCUACAUCGCUAUUAUAACGAGUGAAUUUGUGAAUUCAGUCGAUACAAUUAUUCCUCCUUGAGUUAUGGAGUUUUAAACGUUUCGCUGACGUCAGCGUUAUAUUUUCAAAGGGCCGGUGUUAAAACUACGUUGCACAUUUGUCAAACAAUUUAAUUUUAAAAUGCCAACUAGCAAUUGGUUAGGAUUAUUAGAAGUGAUCGUAUAGAUCGAAAUAUUUGGGUUAAAAUUCAUGUAUAUUUUAAGUACUUUUUUUCAGCCGUGUCCAGAAUUGCGUCCAAAUGUCUGACCAAAUUUGAAAGUUUGGUCGGGCUUUUCCGGACAAUUUCGAUCAUUAGUUCAGGCUCUGCAUUCUGCAACACAUUUUUUACAAAACUCAUGCGUAUUUGCACUGAUAGUUAUUGAGCUUUUUCACGGUAAUUCAUAAUAUAUGGAAAUGUUCAAUUGGUUAUGAACUUUGAAAUAUGUCUUACUUGUAUUUAAAUUUGCGCAGUAUCGGAAUUCGCACAGACCGUAGUUGCGCGAAAUUAAAAAUCACCGAAAAAUUUAACCGAGCGAAACGGUUUGCUGUUGUUUAUAUAUAUGCACGAAAAGUAAUCUGCGUGUAAAUGUUUGCCAGCGUAACACCAAAUUCUGAAAAUUAGACAAGAAAAUGAUGUGUACUAACUAUUAGGCAUUAGAUUCUUUUUUACAGCUACAUCAAGAAACUGUAAUUUACAAGUGCAAUUUUCUAUUUUUGAAUCGUUUCAAGUUGCGCAAAAUAAAAGCUGUGAUAAAAUGUCGCAUUUCUCGGGUGCGCAGAAUUGUAUCGGAUGAGUUGAGACUGAGCGAAAAUUUGUAUCACGCAAAUUUAAAUACAAGUAAUUAGGUAAUUAGGUAUAAUUACACCUUAUCAUGUAAAUGUUUUACUACAAGUCCGGGGCGCUUGUUCGAAAAUGCAUUAGCUCUAACCCUGGGUUAAUAUUUAACUCCUCAUUUUGGUUUGUGCACAUCUGCAAAUCCGUUUUUUCAGAAAACAUUUGUUGAUCCAGAUAUUACCUUUACUUCAUAAACAAGCUGUUAGGAGGACUGCUCACCUAAAAUUGAAGUAUUUCGUUAACCUAGGAUAACGCUGAUUUUCGACCGACCGACCCCAAAUUUAUAUAUAGGGCGUAAUGGUUUCUGUAUAGUAAACUCCUAUAUACCACUUUAUUAUCUAAAUAUAUAUAAUGUUUUAUUACCAUUGAUGUAAUUGCGACCGAAUUGAAUUCAACUGAAAUUAUAUUUGUGUUAAAAUGUUUCA